UAAAAGCACCGGAGCCGGCCCCUCUGACAAACCACGCUGCGUCAUCGACCUGGGGAGACUCUUGAAACCCUUGACUGGGUCUGAAGAGAGCCCGACUCACUCACCUCACCCCCGCUCCCCUCCGAGGCUCCUGACCUGUGCCGGGUCUCCACAUCCAGCAGUUGUGCGUCCCCGCUCGUCUGGAGCGCACAGUCCUGCGCCGCGUUACGCGUACAAACUUGAACUCUCGCUUUUCUUUGCAAACUAUGCUUUUGCUGAAUGGUGUGUGAAGUGCACCCGGUCUCGCAGCACUACCAUCGGUGAAGGAGUUCGUCUGUUAACUGCCUCACAAGCGGAGAAAGUUGCGCAUCGCUUGUUGAAUGCAGGAUACCGUCUUCUGCCUGAGCGUCGAUUCCAAGUUGAGGUUUGGAGCAGCAGCCGGCCAGGAGCGAGGACUCCAGUGUCUCACCUCUGUCCCCGUAAACAUGAAGUCUGCAGAGGAAGAUGCAUACAGCUACACACCAAAUGUCAGCCUGUCCCUUCCACUGGGCAUGGGAAACCCCUGUCUGGCCACCCAAUACCACACCUUACAGUCCAGCCCAAUCAUCUCAGUCUCCUCUUGCCACCAGACAGGCUACAGCCUCCAGAAUGAUAUCCAUGCAGCAUCAGGCUAUUACCUGCCCCACGGCCUCAGACCCAAUGGGGCUCCAGCCCUGGAGAGCCCCCGUAUUGAGAUCACUGCCUACAGCCAGUACCCUGAGGAUGAUGUAGAAGAGAGCAGCAGUGAGGAUCACAUGAUCAAACGAGGCGUCAACUCCAUCGUCACACUGACACUGCCCAAUGCUGAUGGCUACCGCGAUCCCAGCUGCCUCAGCCCUGCAAGUAGCAUCUCCUCACGCAGCUGUAACUCGGAGGCGUCCUCCUAUGAGUCUGGCUUCUACAACUAUGACAACUCCCCACAGAAUUCGCCCUGGCAGUCUCCCUGUGUUUCUCCCAAAGGCUCAUCCAUGCUCCUGUCCUGCCCACAUGCCAGCGGCGCUGCAUGCUCCCCACACAAUUCGCCCUCCAACUCCCCUCAGAUAGGAGCUGUGGCUGAGGAUGGAUGGCCGGCUCAACCUCGCGGGUCCAGGCCUAACUCGCCUUCCUACAGUGGAGGUGUUGGAGGAAUCGGUGGAGGAGGCGGAAUUGGGAAGAGAAAGUACAGCCUCAACGGUGCCCCCUACCGUCAGACAUCCUGCACACCCAACCAGUCCCCCAUCCCGUCUCCACAUAUCUCCCCCAGGGUGAGCAUCACAGAUGAGAACUGGCUUGCCAACACCAACCAGUACACCAACUCUGCCAUUGUGGCUGCCAUCAACGCUCUAACCACAGAUGGAGUGAUAGACAUGGGGGAGGGAAUCCCAAUCAAGACACGGAAGACCAUGCUUGACCACUCGUCCUCCAUGAGCCUGAAACUGGAGCCUGGUGGGGAGGACCUGGGUCUUGACGGGGAGCUCUGCCAUGAGGACUACCCCUCCCGAAUGCCCCUCAAGAAGGAGAACUACUGUGGAGGGUUCCUGGAUGUGCCCCAGCAUCCGUACUCCUGGUCGAAGCCCAAACCUUACCUCAGCCCAUCUCUACCAGCUCUUGACUGGCAGCUUCAAUCAUGCUCCGGCCCGUACAACCUGCAGAUCGAGGUGCAGCCAAAGUCCCACCACAGGGCCCACUAUGAAACUGAAGGCAGCCGCGGGGCGGUGAAGGCGCUCUCCGGAGGACACCCUGUAGUGCAGCUUUAUGGCUACAUGGAAAGCGAGCCGCUCACCCUGCAGCUGUUCAUCGGGACCGCAGACGACCGCCUCCUGCGACCACAUGCCUUCUACCAGGUCCACCGCAUCACCGGCAAAACCGUCUCCACCGCUAGCCAUGAAGUCAUGCAAUCCAACACCAAAGUUUUGGAGAUCCCUCUGCUGCCUGAAAACAACAUGAGAGCCAUAAUCGAUUGUGCAGGGAUCCUGAAGUUGCGUAAUUCGGACAUUGAGCUACGCAAAGGCGAAACAGACAUCGGACGUAAAAACACACGCGUGAGGCUGGUGUUCCGAGUGCACAUCAACCAGCCCAAUGGCAGGACGUUGUCCCUACAGGCUUCCUCCAACCCCAUUGAAUGCUCCCAGCGCUCCGCACAGGAGCUUCCCUUGGUGGAGAAGCAGAGUGUGGAAAGUUACCCUGCCACGGGAGGCAAAAUGAUGCUCCUGAGUGGUCUUAACUUCCUCCCCGACUCGAAGGUGGUGUUUGUGGAGAAGGCCCAGGACGGGCAUCAUCUGUGGGAGACAGAAGCCAAGGUUGACAAGGACUCCACCAAAUCUAGUUCUAUUGUUGUGGAGAUCCCACCAUACAGAAACCAGAGAAUAUCCAGCCCUGUGCAUGUCAACUUCUACGUCUGCAACGGCAAGAGGAAGAGGAGCCAGUGCCAGCGCUUCACCUACCUGCCUCCUAAUGUGCCGAUAAUAAAGACAGAACCCACUGAUGAAUAUGAUUCUCUGGGGACUGCAGGGCGGCCCAUGCAUUCAAAGCACUACUACAGCCAGCCCAGGCUCGCUCCCAUCAUGCCCGUAGCAGAACCUGAUGCCUGCCUGGUUGGUGCCUUCCCUCCUUGCCCUCCUCGCCAUUCUACCAUUCCAUCGUCGUCUCCCAGCUCCAGCCCCACCCUGCAUGACCUAUCCCCUGCGGCAUACAGCAAGUGCCUCCCCAGCAGCCCCACUCAUGCAACACCACCAGGUCCUUUGGUGUCUCCCACCCUGGAUACCCCUGUCCACCCUAAACUUACCCACCCAGCCUCACCAGACCACAACAUAUGCCUAGGGAUGCUCCACUCCCAGGGCAGCCCCAGCCACCUCAACAGCCCAGGACCCCAUGGUUACCACCAUAUCUAUGCCAACAGCAGCCCCUCGUCCUCCCCGGUGUCCCAGCCUUCCACUCCCGGUGGGACUGAAGAGAGCCCGUUCGCUCAGACCUACAGCCCCAGUCAGGCUCAGGCAGCAGCUGGCUCAGCCCAGGCUGGAGGGAGCCCACCCAGCCUGGUACCCGAGGAUGCCAGCCCCCCUUCGAUGGCCGUCACAGUCAAACGGGAGCCACAAGAACUGGACCAGAUGUACUUAGAUGAUGUCAACGAGAUCAUCAGGAACGACCUCUCCAGCAUCUCCGUGCAUACCCAUGCAUAGACACCACGGAGUCCAGACACGCACUCAAACUGCAGCAGCAGCAGCAACAACAACAACAACAAAGAUGAUGAAGAAAAGCGUUUUGGACCAGGAUCUCCCACUGGACCACCGUUGCCAUCCUUCUCUCUGAAACACUUGCUGCCUAUUCACAUAGACAAUCACUGGCAAACUCUAUGUGAAUAAAUAGAUGAACGUUAUAUUUACAGAAAAGGGAAGUGAUAUCAGGGGCAAAGUAUACGAGUACACUUGCCUUAAUAAUUCACAGCAGACAUUCUUUAGUGGACCAACAACGAGACUGAAUUACUCUACUAUCGUUGAAAAAUGACAAUCUUCAUUUCGAGCGUGAUCUGUAUGUUAUUGCAUGGACAAACUAACAGGAGAACACGAGUCGUGCUUCAUCACUUUGGUUCAUUUGUUUGUACAGUCAGUCCGCGACAACUUAAUCGGUGCCUUACAAGUGAAAUUGACAGCAGACAACAGCAGCAGUCACACACAUGCAAAUGGUCGGUAGCCCAAAGUGGAAGUUUUUAUACGACACUUUUGUAUCAUUUCAAAUUAUUUGUUUACAGGGAAACUGAUUCAAAAGGCUAGAAAAUAUAUAGGGAGUAUGGAGUAUGUGAAUUGUAUUUGUUUUUCUCGCUUCCUUAUUAUCCCAUUGUUCAUUUAUACUGAAUGUUAUUGUAUGAUAUUCUUUUGUAUAAACAUGUAUUUGAAAAUAUGUAUGCCUUAUGCUUUUGUCGUGCUGUUUGCUAUGUUAGCGUUUCCUUUUUUCUCCCAUUUGUCUUCCCCCUUGUAUGAUUUGUACCAUUUCUACUCUCCUGCAUUUUGCUUUUCACCUUAGUGCCUAUUUUUAAUCAUCCUGUCCCGGUCUUCCAGCCCGCCGCCCAGAUCAUGACAUGAUGAUGCACAGACAAUCAGAGAAAUAUAUAACACAUAUCCUACGACAACAGUUCCUGGCUGCAGGGAGUCACCGCUCCACCUCCCUCCAGCUAUAAGAUAGUAGAACAAUGGUAUGCUUACCUGCUGAAUUUAAACAAGAAUACUCUAGGACAAUAUAUAUAUUUGUCUGUUACUUCUUGCGCUGCAGGUUUUCAUGUAAAUAGGCACAGGGGUAAUGGAAGUUAUGCCACCGGCUCAGUUUUAAAUCAUCAUCUGGGUGAUUUCACUGAGGAGUUGGCAGGUUCUUAGAUGUUGGCAAUAAUUGAUCUGAUCAAACCAAAGGAUUUUAACUUUGGUGAAAUUAUUGUCAGAGUUUCCUUUUCCUGGCAGAGACUUUAGUGUAGAAUGGUUCCCCAUACUAAAAAAAGGAACAUUAUGCACUUUACCGUAGGAGCCGAGCAGGUUUUCCUGCCUCCAGACCAAAUAUUGUAGAUUGAUUUCCACUGUCAUGUCAUAAGUGCACCUACAUGGACUCUUCUUUCCCACAGCUGCAGUCUUUCCAUGUCUUCUGAUUUUUGGAGCAUGCACACAUACUAUUGUCGGGGAUCUUUUAGCUGUCAGUAGCUUCCCAUAUAGCUUCUUAAUACAUUUUUGGACAUAUAGUAUAAUAGCAUGAUACAAUUGUAUAAAUAAGGUUUCUUAUUUUGUGCCUUACUCUCUUUUUCUUGGCUACAAGAUCGUUGCAACUCUGUAAUGCUUUUCUGUGUAGGCACAAGGUGGAACAUGUUUCUCUUUAAUAUGAGAUAUUUAUGAAAAAUGAAAUGUGUUUUAAUUGCAUUUAAUGUGUUCUCAACAAUUCAUUAAUAAAUGGCAUAAUG